AUGGCUUCGCCGGCGUUAGCAGGCGGUUACCGGAACCUUACCGCGCCGGUAUCUCUCCUGCGCACUUUAGCAUCCACCCGUAUCACUACUACUACUCCUUUGUUUCGUUCCAAUGAGAGUCUCUACAAAAAAGACUCUCCACGUUUCAUUUCUUCUUCAAGGAGAUUCACCUGCUUGUCUUUACUUCAAACCGAUUCUCAAAAUCAAACCACACUAACGUCUUCUUCCACUUCUGGAUACCCUGAAUACAAUCGAUUGAUGCCAUGUCCUGCGUAUAAUAAUCCACCAAGAAUUGAGCAUAUGGUUGUUUUAGAAGACGACGUUCUCGUAGCUGAGUUUAUCUCUAGACAAUUGGAUCUUCCUCCUUUAUAUGUUGCAGAUCUUAUUCGAUUUGGAGCUGUACAUUACGCUCUUGUAUGCCCUAAGCCUCCACCAACUGCGACUCCUGAGGAAAUUAAACUGUUUGAAGAAGUGACCUCUCCUUCUGUACUGAAAAAGAGAUCUUCUAUUAAAGGAAAAACUGUUAGAGAAGCUCAGAAAACGUUUCGUGUGACUCAUACCGAUCAGUAUGCGGAAGCUGGAACUUAUUUGCGUGUGCACGUUCACCCAAAACGUUCACCAAGGUGCUAUGAAAUUGAUUGGAAGUCACGGAUUAUUGCUGUGACUGACUCUUAUGUCAUUUUGGAUAAACCUGCAGGGACUACGGUUGGGGGCACAACGGAUAAUAUCGAAGAGAGUUGUGCCACAUUUGCCUCACGUGCAUUGGAUUUACCAGAACCACUGAAAACAACGCAUCAGAUUGAUAACUGCACAGAGGGAUGUGUUGUCUUUGCUAGAACGAAAGAGUACUGCUCGGUCUUCCACAUGAAAAUAAGAGACAAAGAAGUGAAGAAACUAUAUCGUGCUCUUGCAGCGGCACCUCUUCCCACUGGAAUCAUCUCACAUUAUAUGCGCCCCAAAAAUAUGGCUCCAAGACUCGUAUCAGAAGAUUCAAUUAAAGGCUGGCACUUGUGUCAACUUGAGGUUUUGGAAUGUAAGAAGAUUCCUUGGCCCAAUGCAGGUACUGAGAAGAAACAUGAUAUUGAAGACUGUGGAUGGACAUCAAAAGAAUUUGCUUAUGAGUGUACAAUAAACCUUUUAACAGGCAAGACUCACCAGAUCCGGGCCCAGCUUGCAGCUUAUGGGGCACCAUUGGUUGGUGACUCUAUGUACAUGCCAGCAGCUAUAGCGGAAAUGAUGAAUCCUGAGAUCAACCCUUAUGGGAAAGCAAAGAAACAUUACACAAUGGAAGAGAACGAUAAGGAAACUGCUGUUGCUGAAUGGAUUGAUAGGCAUGGGAAAGAACCGAGGGUAGGAAUUGGUCUUCAAGCUUGUCAAAUCUCAUGGGAUGAUGAUGAUGGCGAGCACUUCUAUGAAGCUGGGACUCCAUGGUGGAGAUAAAACACAUGUUCUGAUGUUGGGGACUUAUCUAAACUUGCCGCGGUAAAUGAGAGGCAAUCAACCAUAUUUGGAUUGAGCUCUGUGAUGGAAAAUGAAGUUCUUGUACCAAAAAGCUGAUAGUCUCGGGGUUCUCUCUUGAGUUUUGAAGUCG